AAACCAUACAAAAAGAAAUUCACAAUUUCCUCAAUGUGAAAAACUGAAAAAAAUGUAUUAAAUGGACAUUAUUGGACAUAAAGACCAAAAAAAGAAUAUAAAGAUUCAUAUUUCAUCUUUAACAUCGCCAUCAAUGACUCUAAUCUCACACCUAUAUAUCUGCUUAUCCUCUUUCAAUUUUUUGUAAGAACAAAAUUCAACAAUCAAAACCUACCCAGUAACAAAAAAUGGCACAAGUUAGUAACAAAAAAGUGAUUCUUAACGACUAUGUUUCUGGUUUUCCUAAAGAAUCAGACAUGAACAUUGUUGACAGUACUAUAACUCUUAAGAUUCCAGAAGGUUCCAAGGAUGUUGUUCUUGUCAAAAAUCUUUACUUGUCUUGUGAUCCUUAUAUGAGGACUCUUAUGAGUAACCCAGAAGGUUCUAUCAAUCCUCGUGCUUACACUCCUCAAUCUCCGAUAGCUGGUUACGGUGUGUCUAAAGUUCUGGAAUCCACUCACAAAGAUUAUAAGGAAGGUGAUUUAGUUUGGGGGAUAACUAAUUGGGAAGAGUACAGCUUGAUCCCUGCAGCUCAAAUACAUUUCAAAAUUGAGCAUAAUGAUGUCCCUCUUUCUUACUAUACUGGAAUUCUUGGUAUGCCAGGAAUGACUGCUUAUUCUGGUUUCUUCGAAGUAGGCUCUCCUAAGAAAGGAGAGAAUGUCUUUGUUUCGGCAGCCUCUGGUGCAGUCGGCCAACUUGUUGGGCAAUUCGCCAAAUUGCAUGGUUGCUAUGUUGUUGGAAGUGCUGGAAGUAAAGAGAAGGUGGACCUAUUGAAGAAUAAAUUUGGAUACGAUGAAGCUAUUAACUACAAAGAAGAGCAAGACCUUGAUGCAGCAUUGAAAAGGCACUUUCCAGAAGGCAUUGACAUUUACUUUGAGAAUGUUGGAGGCAAGACACUUGAUGCUGUACUACUGAAUAUGAAAAUCCACGGUCGCAUACCUGUGUGUGGAAUGAUUUCACAGUAUAAUCUUACGCAACAUGAAGGUGUCACAAAUUUGGCGCAUCUCAUAUAUAAACGGAUCCGUAUGCAAGGUUUUGUAGUAGUUGAUUACUAUCACCUAUAUGCGAAAUUCUUGGAGUUUGUCUUGCCUCAUAUCAGAGAAGGGAAGGUUGUGUAUGUGGAAGACAUAGCUGAGGGACUUGAGAAAGGCCCUGCAGCAUUGGUCGGCAUCUUUAAGGGUCAGAAUGUUGGCAAACAAGUGCUUGUUAUUGCUCGUGAAUGAAUGGCUGAUGCUUUCAUUUGAUUUAUUUUUUGUGUUGAAUAACAAGCCCUCUUUGUAUGGCCUUCUUCAUAAUCUUUCUCUACUGUAGUGUUGUUUUCAAUUGUCUGUUUCAGUGACAUCUUAUGAUAAUUAAAGCUAUUAUAUGCUUCUUUGUUACUUCUAGUAGUAUAAUUUAAGCCAGUUUUCUUCGUUA